AUGAUGUCAUUUCAAAAACAAGAAAAGAUUGAAGUUGUUGUGAUGGAAGAGGGAAAUUCUCCUUUAAGGAGAUGGGAGGACCUUAAUAAUGAUAUGUUGGUGAAGAUAUUCCAAUCCUUUGACCUUUUCCAGUUGAUCUCUGUAAUUCCUCAAGUUUGUCCUGCAUGGCAAUCAGCUUGUUCUGACCAACGUCUCUGGAAAAUGCUGGACUUGUCAGUAAUGCAGUCAAAUUUCGUCAGAAUUUCAAUACCACCAUAUGUAUUUAUUGACACUCCAUCUCGUGAAAAAUUAACCCGCAUCCUAAAGAUAUGCUUGAACCUUAGUCGUGGAAACAUACUGACAUUGAUCUUCCAUUACAAUUUGUAUGUUGACAACAAUCAGUUGACUUAUACUACCAAGAGGUGUCCACGGCUUAAACGCCUUGUUAUGCCUGCUUGGGAAAAACUAGAUAAGCAAACGAUAUGCAGUGCUUUUCAUGAAUGGAAAGAUCUUGAAUCACUGACGAUGCCUAGUUUAGAAAAACCUGCAUAUGUCAUCGAGAAAAUUGGAAGGAGUUGCAAAAAUAUUUCCGAACUCAAGAUUAUGACUCCAUGCGACAUACUAUUUGCAUCUGCACUGGCCUCAUUUCUUCCAAACUUGAAAGUGUUGAGUGUGAGGUGUACGGAGUUAUCUAAACCUGCUUUGGUUAUUCUCUUGGAGGGGUUAAAAAAUUUGAAAGUGCUCAACAUAUUGCAUUGCAUAAUUACUGAAUACCUUCCUCCACCUGCACCGAUGAAAAUUCUGACCGAGCUUGAUGAAUCCAUUCUCAAAAAAGCGUCUAGGUUAGACAAAUUCCUAACCUGCAUGAGUGACUCGUGCAUCAUGUGUCAGCGCACUCGAAAUGAUGAAGGGUUCAUGAGGUGGCAUAAGUAUGCAGACCUCUGGAAAGUGGAUGAGGUGAAGUCUAUUGCAAUUUGA